AUGCAUACAUCAUGGUUGGGCUGCGCGGACGUCGAAAACCUAGCCGACACGCCGAUAGAACAGCCCGGACAGGACCCUCGUUCCUGUCGCCCCCCACCCCACGAGUUCCGCACACUGUUGACGAAGUUGCUUGUGGCCCACAACCUCGAGGUGAGCUACCUCGAGGAAGAAAUCUCGAGGCUGUCGAACCAGCAGAACGAUGAAUCGGUACGAAAUCGGCCCAAGGGCACGCCCCACGGGCGCGCCCCGGACGCACGCCCGGGGGGCACGCCCGCGGGCGCGACCCCGCGAGGCACCACGAGGACGCCCCGCGACGAGCACAGCGACGCCCACCGCGACGCCCAACCCAGCCAGGCCAGAGGCAUCAGCGAGCCCCCAUCAGCAGCGCACGACAGCCGAUUCCCGCGCGUGCACGACGCCCAGCAGCACCACACGCCCACAGGCAACGCCGCGGCGCGGGACAGCCAGCCCAAUCUCAGAGUUCCGCCUGAAGUCUCCUUCAGCAGCGACGUGUCAGAGAGCGCCGAGGAGGACAAGCCUCCAAGUUUGUCCCCGAGUGGACGUUCGGCGGAUGCGGCAAGCCAGGAUGAUUGUGAGGACGAGGCUGUGGGUCAGCUCGGCCGCGGCCAGUACGUGUGGCAGUGGCAGCGCACCACGGGUGGCUUUCGUAACUACACUGCGGAUCAGAAUGACCAGAUCGAGAAGGCCUACCAGCGCGGCCAGUCCAAGGUGCGCAUCAAGAGCGGGCAGGAUGGUAAGACGGUGAUGGAGAUGUUCUUCGUCGAUAUGGUCCAGUUGGACCCCAAGUCACGUAACACCCGGAGCGUUCGCCGGGUUUGUGUCAAGGUUUGGUACGUCGAGUGGAGGCGUCAUGCCCACGCCGUGGUGAGGUCGAUUUUCCAUGGCGGGUCACGCUGGGAGUCCUACGAGAAGUACAAGAAGCGCCAGCACGGCUUGCUCGGAAUAGGUGAAGGAGAAAAGGAGGGUGACCUGUCUUUUAGUCACCUCGGGCCAGUCGACACAUUUUCCAGUCAAAUUGUUUAUUCUGAAAAAGCCGACAACAUCUGCACUAGGAUGACUGAGAGCUCCGUCUUUUUCGUGGUCGCGAUGCUAUUGACGUUGCUGAACCUGCUAUGGAUCGGGAUCAGCACGGAGCUUGGCGAGUUCAACCAGAGUUUGUGGAAUCGGGGCACAGAGUCCAUUAUAAUCGAGCAUAUCUUCACGCUUUACAGUAUUGUCGAGAUCGUGCUCCAAAUCAUGAGCAUGAAGCACAGGUCAAAGUGCUUUUUCAGCCCCUGGUUCCGCCUUGACGCAGCGUGCACUGUUGCAAUCGUGCUGGAGGUUCUCGUGGCCCCCCAGGUGCCAGCCGCCGCAGGUUCCCUGCUCGCCUACCAGGUGCUGCGACUGACGCGGCUGGUGUGGCUGCUCAAGUUGACGCGCGCAAGGCGGGCCGUGGGGGCUAUUCUGAACGGGAUGGCCAGUGGCAUGCGCUCGGCGGCUGACGUCUGGAUCCUUAUCGCCGUCCUCCUGUACACCUGUGGCGUGCUGCUCACCGCCACCAGCCAUCGCAGCGAGCAUCUGAGGGAGCGGUACUUCGGGUCUGUGGGUCACACGAUCUUGUCGCUGCUUUCCCACGGCGUUGCCAUGGACGGUCUUAGUGAAUUCUUCGACGACUUGCGUGCUCAUCACGCGAUCUUCGAAGCGUCGGUGUUUGCCACGUUCGUGUUCCUGACCUAUUUCGGGCUGUUGAACAUGCUUGUUGGUGUUUUUUUGUAA